AUGUUAUUUAUAGCGGACACUUUAUCCCGAGCUGCGACAGAGCAGGGGUCCGAUGAAGACAUUUGUAAAGAUGUGAUGGUGCACGUGAACACCCUUUAUGAGAAUGUGGAAGCUAACCCCGAAAUGAUAAAUAAAAUACGAGAAGAAACAGGAAAAGAUAAAACAUUGAGAGCGGUCGGUGAAUAUUACAAAAAUGGUUGGCCGGAUAAUAAAAGAGAAACAGAUAUGGCUGUGAGGCAAUAUUGGGCCGUUCGAAGUGAGCUUCACGUGGUAAAAGGAAUUUUGUUCAGAAACAAUCGAGUCGUCAUGCCGUCAGCACUUCGAAAGGAAAUGCUGAAGCGUAUUCACGAAGGCCAUAUGGGUGUGGAAAAAUGUCAACGUCGUGCCCGUGACGUCAUGUGGUGGCCCGGGAUGAGCACUGACAUCCAGCACGCGGUGCAGGACUGCGACACGUGUCAGCGGCACCGCGCGGCCAGCCCUCGGGAGCCGCUGGCGCCGCACCCCGUGCCGGCGCUGCCGUGGGAAGUCUUAGCGGCAGACAUAUUUGAGUUGCAAAAUAAAUACUAUUUACUCGUAGUAGAUUAUUAUUCUAAAUUUGUCGAAGUUGUUAAUCUUUCCAAUUUAACUAGUGCGUCAGUUAUAAAUGUAUUCAGAGAUAUUUUCAGUAGAUUUGGUAUUCCAAAAAGGCUCGUGACUGACAAUGCUGGCCAAUUCUGUUCGGAACAAUUUAAAUUAUUUACUAAUAAUUGGGGUUUCACACAUGUAACGAGUUCUCCGUUGUAUCCCCGGUCCAACGGGCUCGCCGAACGGAACGUUCGGACUAUAAAAACUAUGAUGUGUAAGUCAUACGAAAGUGGCGAAGACUGGAAACUAUCGCUAUUAAAUUUUCGAAAUACACCACUUUCUGGAGAAAAGUGGUCACCGGCGCAGCUUUUAAUGAGUCGUCGGUUAAAUACUCGUUUGCCCUCUAGAAAUACUCAGUUAAAACCUAAAACUGUUAAUCCGCAGUUAAUGUUAGACAAUCGUGCUGAACGAAUAAAACAAUAUAAGUCAUACUAUGACCGAGGAACUAAAAGUUUAAUACCAUUAUCUCAAAACGAUCCGGUUCGAAUGAAACAAAAUAAAAUAUGGGUCAAGUCUCGUAUUUUGCGUCCAGCACAAGAAAAACGAUCGUAUUGGGUACAAACUGAAAACGGUGGCGUUUAUAGACGUAAUAGGCAACAUUUGAUGAAAAUACCAAGUCGAGGAAACGAUGCCGAUCGAAUUAACAAUUGCCCUGGCUUGGAUUGGGAUAGUUUUAACUUCGCGCCAACGGGUAAUACCACUCCGGCCACGGAGCCGAACGUGGCGCGUUCACCGCGACCACCGCCGGCCCAUCGGGUAACAAGCAGUGGUCGAGUUGUACGAUCGCCCAUUCGUUUUGCCAGCGAAUAUAACUAUUAG